UGAAGAUAGUAGCCAAAUAAGCCUUGUAUGCUUUAAAACGUUUUAUACCGGUAAAAUGAAACACAAUUCCAGUGUUCCCGCAUUCCUUACCAAGCUUUGGACGCUGGUCGAGGAUUCCAAUACCAAUGAAUUCAUUUGCUGGAGUCAGGAGGGCAACAGCUUCCUGGUGUUGGAUGAACAACGCUUUGCUAAAGAAAUCCUCCCCAAGUUUUUCAAGCAUAACAACAUGGCCAGCUUUGUCCGGCAGCUCAACAUGUAUGGCUUCCGUAAGGUCAUGCACAUUGACACAGGCAUUGUUAAGCAGGAGCGGGAUGGACCAGUGGAGUUCCAGCAUCCUUAUUUUAAGCAUGGGAAAGAUGACCUACUGGAACACAUUAAGCGGAAGGUGUCCAAUGCCCGUCCUGAGGACAGUAAAAUCAGACAAGAGGAUUUAUCAAAACUUCUGUCUAGUGUUCAGAGUGUUCACGACAAACAGGAGAACAUGGAUGCCAGGCUUGCCACGCUAAAGAGAGAGAAUGAAGCUCUGUGGAGAGAAAUGUCUGAUCUGAGGCAGAAACAUGCCCAACAGCAGCAAGUUAUUAAAGAGUUAGUACAGUUCAUCAUUACUCUAGUGCAGAACAACCGUGUGUUAAACUUGAAGCGCAAACGGCCCCUGUUGCUCAACAGCAAUGGAAAGAAACCAAAAUACAUCCAUCAACUCUACGAGGAGCCCGUGGACCACAGCAAAGGCACAGUCAAUGGACUCAACGGUCUGAAGAGCAAUUCUGACAUCACCGAUGAUAUCAUCUGUGACAUCACCGAUGAGGAAGUGGAAGUCGCAGAGGACUCAUCCAGAGUACUAGAUCAAGGGGACAUUGAAAUAGUGGAGGUAAACUAUGAAGGCACUGCGGUGUCUGAGAAGGAAAGCACAAAAGGCCCAGAUGCUGAACAGGAUGAUGUGAUGACUACCGUCAGUACUCUGGCAGCCAGCAGUGCUCUUCAGCCAAAUAAGCUCGUAGGCCUCAGUCAGGAAGACCCCGUCAAGAUGAUGGACUCCAUCCUCAAUGAGAAUGGAGCCAUCUCACAGAAUAUCAGUCUCCUGGGAAAGGUGGAGCUAAUGGACUACCUGGACAGCAUUGAUUGCAGUUUAGAGGACUUCCAGGCUAUGUUGUAUGGGAAACAGUUCAGCACAGAUGCUGAUAUAGUCGAGGAGCCUGACAAUUCAAAGGGAAACUCAGAGUCGUUUUGCACAGAGAAAACUGAUAAUGCAGACAAACAACUGAUUCAGUACACCAGCUGCCCCCUGCUGGCCUUCCUGGAUGGUUGCGCCCCCCUGGGGUCGGGUCCAGAGGCUCGCAGUGAUAAUCUGAGCCAAGAUCUGCUGGAACAGAGCCCAGAGGAGCCGGCUGACCUGCUGGAGUCGGCCCUGGAGAAGGAGGAGACCCCACGCAGCUCUCUCAUUCGCCUGGAGCCCCUGACCGAGGCUGAGGCCAGCCAGGCCACGCUCUUCUACCUGUGUGAACUCAACUCAGACAGUGGCAGCAUCGACCCGCCGCCACUGGAUGUGUAAAGGGGGGCCCACCAGGCUGAAGUAGGGGUUCAAACCUUUGUACAUAUUCAUCAAAGUGAUGAUCUAUUUAUUUGCCAGAAUCUUUUGGUACAAUUUUUUUGGUUUUGUUUCUUAUCAUUCUUAAGUUGUGACUCUGACACUCCGUCAUUCCGCCAGUGUACAGUACUGAUGACUUGCUGUAUUUGUCCAGCAGAGGCACGUGGCUGUGCUUAUCUUACAGUGUCACACUAUAAUUUUGUUUAAAGGAACACAAGCUCUGUUUGAACACGCUGUUCUGUAUCGCUGUGUAGUUCUGCACCCUUAAUCUGUAACGAUACAGAUUAUUUGUUGAUUAGUUACCCCUGACUAAUCUAUAACGAUACAGAUUAUAUGUGAAUUACAGUUACUCCUAAUCUGUAACGGUACAGAAGUGCCUGUAGUCAUCUGUCUCUCUGUAAAUAUCCCUGUGUUCUGAAUGAGUUAGUCUGGGUAUAUAAUUUCUUCCAAAAUGUACUGAAACUUCUUGUGGUUUUGUCUUUACAGUGAGCUUUUGACCACAAUCCC